AUGGCUGCCAUAUUUGCUAGACGUAACAAUCCUCCCCCCCUGAAAAGUAUAAAUAAGCUGAAUAGUAAUAAUAAUAAUUGUGGACCAUUUUCCGCGCUUUUUGAAAAAAAUAGUUUGGCAAAAAGGUUAUAACGUCUUCAUUUUUAGUUUUACGUGUGGGCAAAAAACAGCAAAAAAGUAAGGCUAUAUAAUAUAGCCUUAACUUUUCGUACAUUUUUAGCCACUUAUGGCAUUUUUCAUAAGUGGGCAAAAAAGAGCAAAAAAGUAAGGCUAUAGCCUUAACUUUUCGUCCAUUUUUAGCCACUUAUGUCAUUUUUCAUAAGUGGGCAAAAACAGCAAAAAAAUAAGGCUAUAGCCUUAACUUUUCGUCCAUUUUUACCGACUUAUGGCAUUUUUCAUAAGUGGCAAAAAACAGCAAAAAAGUAAGGCUACAAUAGCCUUAACUUUUCGUCCAUUUUUAGCCACUUAUGUCAUUUUUCAUAAGUGGGCAAAAAACAGCAAAAAACUAAGGCUAUAGCCUUAACUUUUCGUCCAUUUUUACCGACUUAUGGCAUUUUUCAUAGGUGGGUAAAAAACAACAAAAAGUAAGGCUAUAAUAGCCUUAACUUUUCGUCCAUUUUUACCGACUUAUGGCAUUUUUCUUAAGUGCGCAAAAAACAGCAAAAAAGUAAGGCUAUAGCCUUAACUUUUCGUCCAUUUUUAGCCACUUAUGUCAUUUUUCAUAAGUGGGCAAAAAACAGCAAAAAAAUAAGGCUAUAAUAGCCUUAACUUUUCGUCCAUUUUUACCGACUUAUGGCAUUUUUCAUAAGUGGGCAAAAAACAGCAAAAAAACGGCCUUAACUUUUCGUCCAUUUUUAGCCACUUAGGGACCGGUCAUUAUUUAUGGAAGGGGGGGAGGGGAAUUUUUUCUUUCCUAAAUUUUUAAAAUUGAAAGCCCCCCCUUAAAAGAGCAGAAAUUUAAUGAUGACCCCCCCCCUCUACAUAUUAGAAUAUUUUUCUUUUUGACCCUCCCAUUUUCAUUUUACUGACAAAUAAGUCAAUGGGGAUACCCAGGCGUUGUAAUGUUAAUUAUUAAUUAAGGCAUGUAGUAAAAACACUGACUACCGGAACACCGAACACCACCGAACACCGGAACACCACCAUUUUGUUUGGGGUUAGGGUUUGGGGUUAGGGGUUAGGGUUGGGGUUAGGGUUAGGGUUGGGGGUUAGGGUUAGGGUUGGGGGUUAGGGUUGGGGUUAGGGUUAGGUGGUGUUCCGGUGGUGUUCCGGCGGUGUUCCGGUGGUGUUCCGGUGUUCCGGUAGUCAGUGUUUUACUACAUGCCAUUAAUUAAGAAGAAUAUGGAGCUGACAAGAUAUUAACGUCGACCAAAAAUAUAUAUUAGCAGAAAAUUAUAAAUAAAAGAGGGGUAUUUUCAUAUAUAACUCUAAAAUCAGGUUUCCAUUUGAUCUGGGCAAUUGUAACCAUGUUUAACGGCAGAGAAUUAAUAUUAGUGUUUGGAGGCAGGUGCCAUUUGUGGUCCAAGGCUGUAACUAGAUUUGAUGGCACAAAGUAUUGCCAUAGCAGCUGCAUAGCAAUGAGAGUAACAAUCAGUAAUAUUAGCAGCAAAAGCAGAUAGCCAUAUGACAAUUCUGGACAUUCUGCCAUUAGGCAUACCUCCGCCACCAGUCACACUGACAAGUCAGUGGAAACAAAAUAUAAUGUAUAGUGGUCUAUACAUCCUAUUUUAUGUGAGAUUAAAAAAUAUAUAAAAUAAAAUGACCUACUACCAGAUAAAAUCCUCUAGAAUAAACAUGGGUGGGUGGGGUGGGUAGGGGAAAGGUAUCUAAGAGCUAAACUUGCUGCAGCUAUAGGCAAAGCAUACAAUGGCCAGUGGCGUGCUGGCAGGGGGGGGGCCGGGGGGCCACGGCCCCCCCCAGCUGGCAAUUUUUGGGGGCGCAAAAACGAAAAGCGGGCGCCUAUCCCGCGCCGAAUUUUGAAAGUGGGUAGGAAGAAACGCAUUCGAAAAAAUAUAGUUACUAAUUCCGCCAAGGAAAGAUGUGUUUAUAGACUUAUAAACAGACUAAGCGCAUAGACGACAAAGUGAGUAUAUUAAAUUGCAGACUGUUUUGUCCAACCGUAUUUGCUACCUCACGAUUCACACGAAAUCACUCGUUCAUAUAGAAACAUGAUUAGUGAUCACACGCAAUGUCUCAUUACCGGAAUAUUGAUCAGGCUUCGAAGCGAAUAAGCGAUCACGGGAAUUAUGCCCUUUUUUGCUGGUAUUAUACCCUUAUAUUAUGCCCUUUAUUAUGUUUCACGAAUCACGAGAGCGGCGCAAAUUAGAGAGUUGAAGUUAUGAUAAUGUAAAGUUGUGUACGCAAUUUAGUUGUUUGCGCAAGAAACAUCAUGAGUAAUGUAAGUAACGAGAUAUAAUGCUGAAACGCGCCCUUUUGGCAGACAGGCAAGAAAACCUUAAAAUGCAUAUGCGUGGGGUCUGUGUGUUAUUGCAUAAAAGAGCUGCAAGUUGUCAAUGUAUUCAGAUCAGUAGAGAAUAGAAUUGGGAUUAGAUUAAUUGCUGGAAGUAGUUAGCAUUGAACAAUUUAAGUCCUACUACUAAAUUCUAACCAAUUUGCAAAUUUCGACACGUUGUAAUGCCGUUUCCUGACCAUCAGAUUUCUGUCAAAUCUUCCCCCAAAGUCCAGGAAAUGGCUUUUCAGACUUCAGAGACUGUAAAUUCUAAAAUUUUCCUGGGGAGCAUGCCCCCGGACUCCCCUAGACAAACCUCGCACCUGUGGCGCUCGGCUCGUGCCUUCGGCCCUCGUUUAUCAAGCGUAAUAUUAUAGGGGCGCAUAUUGGUUGCCAGCCGACUGGCCCCCCCAGAAAAAUAGUACCCAGCACGCCACUGACAAUGGCAGUAUAAAUACCCACACCGACGCACUGAUCACAAGGCGCGAAACAACCCCCUUUAAUCGAUAUGACAUCACAGACUCCCAUCAGUGGAUGUGGCCUGCAUAGUCGGGUCCAAAGAAGAGCAACGAAGUACAUUUUAAACCUUCCGUACUUGUGCAGUGAGACUUAUCGGGAACGACUUGCCAGUCUGGGUCUCUUACCGCUAUCUUACUGGCAUGAAUACUUGGAUCUCGUGUUCUUUUUCAAAGCGGUGAACGGCUUGGUCGACGUGUCCCAUGACGUCCUCCCCGAAGUCAUGUCCCAAACCAGAACGACCAGAUCCUCCAGUGGCAACCAAAUCUCCUUCCGUCCGGCCAAAUGCAAAACCUCUACCUACCAACGCUCCUUCUUUAUUCGUACAUCCAGAACUUGGAACUCUUUACCAACUACACUAAGAUCUCCUGACAUUAAUAUUAGGCAAUUCAAAACCGAUUUACAAACUUACUACCUGACAGCCCUGAGAGAAUGCUUCGACGAAGAAGAUCCGAGGACAUGGAAGACUAUUUGUCUGAAGUGUAACACUAGUCGUUACUUACGUUCUGAACUAACUUGUUGUUUUUAGUCUCCUGUCCAUGUACUGUAUGUUAUAUGUUCUGUACUGUAUGUGUAUUUUUGUAUAGGGCCCACAGUAAUUGGUUUACACUGUUGUGGUGUCCCUGCCAUUUUUGUCCAUGUUUAUUGUGUAGAUGUCUAUUUGCUGUUCUGUUAAGUGUUUUUGGCAAAGUUUAAUAAAUAAAUAAAUAAAUAGUACAUUCGCUGUUAACCUUGCUUAAAUGUAUUUAACCACAUCAAGAUAGCUGAUGUAAUAAUACAUUGUCAAUUUAUCUCUGCAAUAUCAGUAAAGACUGAUUUGCAUACAGCACACAGAAGACAAGAUAAAUCCAGACUAUUUCACACCAGUCACCAUGAUUUAGUCGCAAUUGCAACCAAAUGGAUACCAUGCUUAUUAAGCAAAUUCCUUCAAAUUUAAUUGCACACCCCCCCUCCUCCUUUUCUUGAAAAAUUUAAUAGCCCCCCCUUCUAGUCAUUUAUUUAUACAUAUGCCCCCCCCCCUCAUUUUUUCCCUCCCUCCCCUUCCAUAAAUAAUGACCGGUCCCUUAUGGCAUUUUUCAUAAGUGGGCAAAAAACAGCAAAAAAGUAAGGCUAUAUAGCCUUAACUUUUCGUCCACUUUUAGCCACUUAUGUCAUUUUUCAUAAGUGGGCAAAAAACAGCGAAAAAGUAAGGCUAUAGCCUUAACUUUUCGUCCAUUUUUAGCCACUUAUGGCAUUUUUCAUAAGUGGGAAGAAAAAAAAACAGCAAAAAAGUAAGGCUAUAUAGCCUUAACUUUUCGUCCAUUUUUACCAACUUAUGGCAUUUUUCAUAGGUGGGCAAAAAACUGCAAAAAAGUAAGGCUAUAGCCUUUAAACUUUUUUGCUGUUUUUUUCCCACUUAUGAAAAAUGCCAUAAGUCGGUAAAUAAAAAGUAUAUGGUCAGAAUUUCGCCUGUAUGAAAUAGAGGUGUGCAAAUCCGAUUUGUUCGGAUUUCGGAACCAAAAUAUUCAUUUUGGAUCGGAUUGAUAAAGUUGUUUCGUAGUUGGAUCGUACUUUGAUGUCCAAUAUAAAAUGAAUUAAUUAAUAAAGUAAAAAAAGCAACUUGUGGUUCCGGUUUCAUAUCGCGGUAGUCCCCCCCCGUCCAUGACACUUGUGACGUCAGGUACAUACGGGACUUUGGGGGCGGGUUUUGGCGGGAAAAUCUGUAAUGUUUGGAGAAGACAAGAUGGCGCUGGUUACCUCGCGUUAUAUCAAAGGGCAUUUUUGUUCACAAAUACCCGCUUAUUUUACGUUAUAGCGACUGGUUCGUUUUGGAAAUUAUAACUCAAUGGACGGGGAAAAUGAUUCUGUAUUAAAGAGAAAAAGAUGUGCGGUUAUUGUGAUGUUAUUUGUUGUGAAAGACGGCCCGAAAUUUCGCUACUUCGCUGUACUGGUUUAUAAAACAUUUACAAGCAACAGCAAUUGAACUAUAUGACAAAGAAACCAAUGUGUACAAGCCAAUCAAGUUCUUCAGUUUAAAGGUCAGUUUAUUUUUAAUAAUUAGUUCAUGUAGUUAUAUAUUGAUACGAAGUACACGGCCAUUCCAUUUAAUAUCCACACCCUCCUGUUGACUAGAUUUUCCGAAGGGGGUCUGAAAUUUUGAAUUUCUGAGGGUGUGCCAAGUUGAAAUUUCCGAGGGGGUUUGUGAAAGGAAAAUUUCUUAAGGUGUCAACAUUUUUGUAAUUUUCCAAGGAGUUAAAAUUUUUUUUAAAUUUCUGAGGGAGGAGGAGGAAGGUAUACCUGUUGACGAAAAUUUCUGAGGGGGUGGUAAAUAAUUCCCAAAAAUUACUGAGCGGUUUAUCAUAGUGGAACCACGUCAACAGUUAUUUCUAAGGGCUUGAGAAAAAUUGUUAAUUUCCGAGGGGGUUCUUAAAAAAUAGCGAAUUGGGUCAUUCCCCGACUGCAUUCCAGGCCCCUCCCGCCAAAGAUCUUUGGUGGGAAAAAACUUUACUGUCUUUUGGCGGUGUAUUUUGGCGUAAAUUUUAGCUCAUCACUAUUUUUGGCGGCGUGCAUUCUAGAAGAAUGGCGGAUACACAAGCUGCAUGUAUAAAUGGUGUUAAUAUACCAAUGAAUAAUUAAUGUUUGAAUAAUAUUUCAUUAUUUUAUUUAAAUAAAGUACCUUUCUUUCUUAACUUCUUUAUAACCUUUUCUACUUCCACUGUGCAAUACAGCUUUAAAGUACUGAUAAUUGAUUUGAAUUAAUGAUAUUACCCAUACUUUCCUGCAACUUUUCCAAAUAUAUAGUUGAUUAAAUACGCCUUCGGCCAUUUAGUACUAUGAAAUUGUAAACAAAUUGUAAGUUUCGACUUACUAAAACGCUGUUUUCUGACCAUCAGAAUUCUAUCAAAUCUUACCCAAAGUCCAGGAAAUGGGAUUUCAGAGGCUCGAAAUUUAAAAAUUUGCUCAAUUGUUUUCAGCUCCACUCCCAAUCAAAAACAACUUCCUAUGGCAUUAUCAACACGAAUAUUCAGCAUUCCCAUAAUUAUAUUGUUUAUGAACUGUCUGUCGAAGUUGUCAAUAUAAGAUGAGAUUUUUGCACCUUUUUUAUUUUUAAAAUUUUUUUAAAGAUGUGAUUUUUGCACCUUUGGCGCACGUAACUUGACCGCUUUAGAUAUAAUUAGUCUUUGGCGGAUAUAGUUUUAAAGCUGAAUUUCUGGUGUGAAUCUUUGGCGGUGAGAAAAGGUGGAAUGCAGUCGGUUGUCAUUCGAGAAAACAUCCAUACCACCCCCACAGAGGAAAUAGGAAGUUAACCCCCCUACCCCCAUUCAGAUGUCCUAAUACAUUUACUAUUAUCAGAAACAAUUUUUUCUCCCCUCCCUCUCCAGAUGGCAGAAAUUUCCUCUGUGUGGGGCAGGCCUCGAAUUUCCCUGAAAUCAAUCGACGGCAAUGGCGUUAAAAAUUGCCGUAGAACGUAACAGCUGUCUACGACAAUUUUGACAGUUUCCACGGCAUUUUUCAAAUUACUGUAAUAAAACUUUAAUUUUAUUGUUACUUUGGAUUUUUGACAAGCUAGAAACAUGUCUACGUAUUUCUUUAGUGUUUUUUUUUCGAAGAAAACUGAGACUAAAAUGGUGAUUUACGCAUGAUUUGAUCAACAUCUGAAUUCAAGUCUCAAAAUAGUAAUGCACAGUGAAUAGUAUAAAAAUUGCACUAUACAGCAAAAAAUUGCCGUCGUUGCCACAAUGAUCCACGGCAUUUUGUUCUCCCUCUACGGCAAUUACCGCGAUAAAAUUCGAGCCCUUGUGUGGGGAGUAUGGAUCUUUUCUGGAACAACCCAUUUCCGAGGGGGGCUUACAGAAAACCGUUUCUGAAGGGGUCUAAAAUCAGAAACCUCGUCAACAGGGGGUGUGGAUAUUAAAUGGAAUGGCCCACUGGAUGCUAGUAAAAACUUUUUAAUAAUUAGUUCAUUUAGUUGUGUAUUAAUACAAAGUACUGGAUACUAGAUAAAUAGUUCAUUUAGUUGUAUAUUAAUCUGAAGUACUCUACUACUCGUGUUGCCACGCAUAACAUUGAAUUGACGUUAUCACCGGUACCCACCUCAGAUAACGUUGAUCGUUACCCUGUUGUAUUUUGACCGCUAAAAGAGCUCAAAAGCAAAAUGGCAGCUGAAAUAUGGUGUAUAAUCAAUCAAUUUAUCUCAGAAAUGCAUUAAAAUGCUGAGGCUUCAAUUCAAAGUUAUUACUGUAUUUGUACGUAUUUGACAUGAAACGUCGCUUCAAUACUUCAACCUUUGUUUUGGCCUCUAUUAGUUGAAAAUAAUAUAAUACUGGCAAAAGUGCACGGCAAACAUGAAAUAUUUAAACUUUGGUCUGUUUGGAUGUAAAUAGUCAAAUUGCUACAAGAUAAUGUCGAUUCUACGUAAUGUGUGGCAACAUGAAUAUGGACCUGGUCCCUUAGCGAGUUUGAUUUGCUAUUUGUAUAAACAGACCCCAACCCCUUCUCUAACCCUAACCAAUGAAUGUGUAAUGAACUAUUGAGAGUUAAAAAAGUCAGGUGGGAUUUUAAAAUAUUUUAAGAAAAAUUUCUAUGGGGCUGAAUAUGGAAGCCGGUUGGCCCGCCAAACAAGACAGCUCGGUAAGCAGGAUGAAUUUUGCUUGCGUUUAUAUGAGGAGAUUUUAUGCUGCUUGCCAGGCUAGGAAUUGUUUACAUUUCACUCAAUUGGUUGGUGUUGCCAGAACAAAUUUCAAAUUUUGUAAACAUUACAGCUGUUGAAGCACAUUGCAACCUUUUGUUUUGUCUUUUUUACCUAUGUAAUGUCAAGAACUAUAAAAAUAGUUGCAGAAAAGACUUGAAACUAUUGAAAAUGUUUCAUCCCAGCAACCGGGCCAUCCCAUUUGCUAGUGUUUAUAUGGGGAAAUUUUCACCCUGGUUAUCCAUAUAAAUGCACAUGAAUUUUUACUAUAAAUUCUACUACACGGCGAGAUCUUGCUAAGAUGUAAGAAAAAAAUACCUGUGGUUCCAGUUUCAUAUCAUGACAAAAUUUAUAGGGUCGGUAGAUCGGAAUUUUUUUUUUAAUAUUAUUUUGCUUGCUGGGUGAUUUGCAGUAGAGUCCCGACAUCAAUAUUAACUAGAGAUGCGUAUUUCCUAUGGACGAAUUUAGGCAAUUUGGUUCAAUAAUUAGUGUGACAACAAACACCACUUUGGCACGCUGUAUGAGCAGCCCACAACCACCUGGAGAAAAUACGGUCGCAUGGUCAAUUGUGCUGAAAAAAUAAUAGGGUCGGCAGAAAAAAAUAGAGUCAGUCAGGAACCGGAACCACAGGUAUUUUUUACGCCUAACCGGGCUGUCUUGCCAAGUGGGCCAGCCUGGCUCCAAAAUAAACAGCCCCUAAAUCAAACAAAAAUCGACAGCUAAAACAAAACGUGAUCCCGACCUUGUUUCACUUUGCAUGCAUGCAACACCUUUGCUGAAUACACUACCAGCCUGAAUUGCUGAAAGCUAUUGCAAAAAACUAUUUUAUAUUACUACUUUACAAAAUGUAAGAACCUGACACCAUCCCUUCGACUUUGUGUCAUCUAUCUGGACAGUAUGAUUAUUGUAUGCGACUUUUCCAACCGAGAGAUAUAUUAGACCCUCUUUCUACUUUUUUUCACUUUGCCUUGGUCACACUUUGAACAAGAGGUGUGCCAAUUUUGCUUUCUCUCAUCUCAUUGUAGAUGUCCGCCAUUUUGAACUAUUUUUUCAUAAAAAUAUAUUUAAAAUAUUUACAACUUUUUUGUGUUGCAUACGACUGUCAUAAUCAAGUUGUAGGGCUAUCUAUACGGCACAAUUUGUGUCGCAGGGAUGGUGUCAACAAGUUGCAUACAACAAUCGUCAUGGGCGUACGGGAAGGAAAAAAUAAGGGGGUGGAAAGAAAUUUGCCCGACUUUGUCGGAUUGUGCCCGAGUUGUCAAAAAAAAAUUUCCGGAGAAACUUUCCAAAAUUGUUGUCGCUCCAAUAAUGUUUAGGUCCAUUUUUUUAAGUAUUUUAUAAAGCAUAUGCUAUGUAUGCAGGGGUUUCAGAAUGAUUUGAAGUAGGCGGUUGUUCCGAAAAAGUAGCCGGCUGUGACUGAUAGUUAAAAAAAACACGCAGGGAGGGUGAUGGGGGCGUGCCCCCGCAUGGAAAUUUAAAACAUUUUCGUGCGCAAAUUAACAAUCAAAUAAUCUAGAAUACAGAAGUGAGAAGAUAAAGUACAACUGUUCACUUGUUAGAUUUAGAUGUCAUUUCCAUUUAUACUUGUAAGUGACAAUGUACUUUAAUGUGUUACUUGUAGUUUAAUCACGAAGGUGUUUGCUGUCCGGAAAAUGAAGAUGCAAUUUACAAACAAAAAUAUGCAUAUUCUACGCACAGACAUAUUGCAGUAGCUGAGUAGCAUGCAGUGCCGUAGGAAGCUCUUUUUGAUUAGUGGCUGAGAACGAGGGCCGAAGGCCCCGAGGAAAUUUUUUAAUUUAGAGUCUCUGAAAUGCCAUUUCCUGGACUUUGGGGAAGUUUAGAACAGAAUUCUGAUGGUCAGAAAACAGCGUUUUAGUAUGUCGAAAUUUACAAUUUGUUUACAAUUUAGUAGUCUGUACUAAAUGGGCGAACGCGUAUUUAAUUAACUAUAUAUUGCAUGGAGAAGUUGCAGGAAAGUAAGGGUAAUAUGAUACUUUGCAGUUUGUCAUGGACAAUGUAGCCGCUUAAAAUUAAUCAAUUGUCAGUAUUUUAAAGGUAUAUUACUGUAUUUAAAUGAUAAAGGUAUGCAUGCAUAUUUUACCGAUUUACGAUUUGUUAAAUGUUAGUAUCCAUGUAAAUGCCAUGAUUUCGUAAAUUUAUACUGACAAUACAAUUAUGUUAUAUUUUCUCUGUUUAACAACUAAAAUUUUGUUAUACUAUUAUUGCCGUAAUUUUCCGAAUGACCAACCUGAUUUUCCGAAUAUGUUAAUUCUAAUUCUGGGGUAACCCUCCAUCGUGUUGGUUCGCUUGUACCUUUGUACAUAAUUUUUUUCCUGUGACCAGACAAAAAGUAGCCGGCGGUAAAAGUUCAAGUAGUCGGCGGAACUCCGCCGGCCGCCGUCUUAUUCUGAAACCCCUGUGUAUGUGCUAAGAAGCUAGUUUUGUUGGCAUGUGGAAAGCAAAAGUAGCGAAGGUAAAGAGAUUAAAAUUGGAUUUAGUGCGUAUUUUUGAAAAAAAUUUACCACCAAAUAUAGUAUCCCCCCCCCCGUCGAUGACACUUGUGACGUCAGGUACAUACGGGACUUUGGGGGCGGGUUUUGGCGGGGAAAUCUGUAAUGUUUGGAGAAGACAAGAUGGCGCUGGUUACCUCGUGUUAUAUCAAAGGGCAUUUUUGUUCACAAAUACCCGCUUAUUUUACGUUAUAGCGACUGGUUCGUUUUGGAAAUUAUAACUCAAUGGACGGGGAAAAUGAUUCUGUAUUAAAGAGAAAAUUAUGUGCAGUUAUUGUGAUGUUAUUUGUUGUGAAAGACGGCCCGAAAUUUCGCUACUUCGCAGUACUGGUUUAUAAAACAUUUACAAGCAACAGCAAUUGAACUAUAUGACAAAGAAACCAAUGUGUACAAGCCAAUCAAGUUCUUCAGUUUAAAGGUCAGUUUAUUUUUAAUAAUUAGUUCAUGUAGUUAUAUAUUGAUACGAAGUACAGGGCCAUUCCAUUUAAUAUCCACACCCUCCUGUUGAAUAGAUUUUCCGAAGGGGGUCUGAAAUUUUGAAUUUCUGAGGGUGUGCCAAGUUGAAAUUUCCGAGGGGGUUUGUGAAAGGAAAAUUUCUUAAGGUGUCAACAUUUUUGUAAUUUUCCAAGGAGUUAAAAAUUUUUUUUAAAUUUCUGAGGGGGGAGGAGGAAGGUAUACCUGUUGACGAAAAUUUCUGAGGGGGUGGUAAAUAAUUCCCAAGUGGAACCACGUCAACAGUUAUAAUUUCUAAGGGCUUGAGAAAAAUUGUAAAUUUCCGAGGGGGUUCUUAAAAAAUAGCGAAUUGGGUUAUUCCUCGACUGCAUUCCAGGCCCCUCCCGCCAAAGAUCUUUGGUGGGAAAAAACUUUACUGACUUUUGGCGGUGUAUUUUGGCGUAAAUUUUAGCUCAUCACUAUUUUUGGCGGUGUGCAUUCUAGAAGAAUGGCGGAUACACAAGCUGCAUGUAUAAAUGGUGUUAAUAUACCAAUGAAUAAUUAAUGUUUGAAUAAUAUUUCAUUAUUUUAUUUAAAUAAAGUACCUUUCUUUCUUAACUUCUUUAUAACCUUUUCUACUUGCACUGUGCAAUACAGCUUUAUAGUACUGACAAUUGAUUUGAAUUAAUGAUAUUACCCAUACUUUCCUGCAACUUUUCCAACUAUAUAGUUGAUUAAAUACGCCUUCGGCCAUUUAGUACUAUGAAAUUGUAAACAAAUUGUAAGUUUCGACUUACUAAAACGCUGUUUUCUGACCAUCAGAAUUCUAUCAAAUCUUACCCAAAGUCCAGGAAAUGGGAUUUCAGAGGCUCGAAAUUUAAAAAUUUGCUCAAUUGUUUUCAGCUCCACUCCCAAUCAAAAACAACUUCCUACGGCAUUAUCAACACAAAUAUUCAGCAUUCCCAUAAUUAUAUUGUUUAUGAACUGUCUGUCGAAGUUGUCAAUAUAAGAUGAGAUUUUUGCACCUUUUUUAUUUUUAAAUUUUUUAAAGAUGUGAUUUUUGCACCUUUGGCGCACGUAACUUGACCGCUUUAGAUAUAAUUAGUCUUUGGCGGAUAUAGUUUUAAAGCUGAAUUUCUGGUGUGAAUCUUUGGCGGUGAGAAAAGGUGGAAUGCAGUCGGUUGUCAUUCGAGAAAACAUCCAUACCACCCCCACAGAGGAAAUAGGAAGUUAACCCCCCUACCCCCAUUCAGAUGUCCUAAUACAUUUACUAUUAUCAGAAACAAUUUUUUCUCCCCUCCCUCUCCAGAUGGCAGAAAUUUCCUCUGUGUGGGGCAGGCCUCGAAUUUCCCUGAAAUCAAUCGACGGCAAUGGCGUUAAAAAUUGCCGUAGAACGUAACAGCUGUCUACGACAAUUUUGACAGUUUCCACGGCAUUUUUCAAAUUACUGUAAUAAAACUUUAAUUUUAUUGUUACUUUGGAUUUUUGACAAGCUAGAAACAUGUCUACGUAUUUCUUUAGUGUUUUUUUUCCGAAGAAAACUGAGACUAAAAUAGUGAUUUAUGCAUGAUUUGAUCAACAUCUGAAUUCAAGUAUCAAAAUAGUAAUGCACAGUGAAUAGUAUAAAAAUUGCACUAUACGGCAAAAAAUUGCCGUCGUUGCCACAAUGAUCCACGGCAUUUUGUUCUCCCUCUACGGCAAUUGCCGCGAUAAAAUUCGAGCCCUUGUGUGGGGAGUAUGGAUCUUUUCUGGAACAACCCAUUUCCGAGGGGGGCUUACAGAAAACCGUUUCUGAAGGGGUCUAAAAUCAGAAACCUCGUCAACAGGGGGUGUGGAUAUUAAAUGGAAUGGCCCACUGGAUGCUAGUAAAAACUUUUUAAUAAUUAGUUCAUUUAGUUGUGUAUUAAUACAAAGUACUGGAUACUAGAUAAAUAGUUCAUUUAGUUGUAUAUUAAUCUGAAGUACUCUACUACUCGUGUUGCCACGCAUAACAUUGAAUUGACGUUAUCACCGGUACCCACCUCAGAUAACGUCGAUCGUUACCCUGUCGUAUUUUGACCGCUAAAAGAGCUCAAAAGCAAAAUGACAGCUGAAAUAUGGUGUAUAAUCAAUCAAUUUAUCUCAGAAAUGCAUUAAAAUGCUGAGGCUUCAAUUCAAAGUUAUUCACUGUAUUUGUACUUAAUUGACCGGUAUUUGACAUGAAACGUCGCUUCAAUACUUCAACCUUUGUUUUGGCCUCUAUUAGUUGAAAAUAAUAUAAUACUGGCAAAAGUGCACGGCAAACAUUAAAUAUUUAAACUUUGGUCUGUUUGGAUGUAAAUAGUCAAAUUGCUACAAGAUAAUGUCGAUUCUACGUAAUGUGUGGCAACAUGAAUAUGGACCUGGUCCCUUAGCGAGUUUGAUUUGCUAUUUGUAUAAACAGACCCCAACCCCUUCUCUAACCCUAACCAAUGAAUGUGUAAUGAACUAUUGAGAGUUAAAAAAGUCAGGUGGGAUUUUAAAAUAUUUUAAGAAAAAUUUCUAUGGGGCUGAAUAUGGAAACCAGUUGGCCCGCCAAACAAGACAGCUCGGUAAGCAGGAUGAAUUUUGCUUGCGUUUAUAUGAGGAGAUUUUAUGCCGCUUGCCAGGCUAGGAAUUGUUUACAUUUCACUCAAUUGGUCGGUGUUGCCAGAACAAAUUUCAAAUUUUGUAAACAUUACAGCUAUUGAAGCACAUUGCAACCUUUUGUUUUGUCUUUUUUACCUAUGUAAUGUCAAGAACUAUAAAAAUAGUUGCAGAAAAGACUUCAAACUAUCGAAAAUGUUUCAUCCCAGCAACCGGGCCAUCCCAUUUGCUAGUGUUUGUAUGGGGAAAUUUUCACCCUGGUUAACCUAUCCAUAUAAAUGCACAGGAAUUUUUACUAUAAAUUCUACUACACGGCGAGAUCUUGCUAAUUAAGAUGUAAGAAAAAAAUACCUGUGGUUCCAGUUUCAUAUCGUGACAAAAUUUAUAGGGUCGGUAGAUCGGAAAUUUUUUUUUGAAUAUUAUUUUCAUGGUUUUGGCGUUUUUUUGCUGGGUGAUUUGCAGUAGAGUCCCGACAUCAAUAUUAACUAGAGAUGCGUAUUUCCUAUGGACGAAUUUAGGCAAUUUGGUUCAAUAAUUAGUGUGACAACAAACACCAUUUUGGCACGCUGUAUGAGCAGCCCACAACCACCUGGAGAAAAUACAGUCGCACAGUCAAUUGUGCUGAAAAAAUAAUAGGGUCGGCAGAAAAAAAUAGGGUCGGGAACCGGAACCACAGGUAUUUUUUACGCCUAACCGGGCUGUCUUGCCAAGUGGGCCAGCCUGGCUUCAAUAUAAACAGCCCCUAAAUCAAACAGAAAUCGACAGCUAAAACAAAACCUGAUCCCCGACCUUGUUUCACUUUGCAUGCAUGCAACGCCUUUGCUGAAUACACUACCAGCCUGAAUUGCUGAAAGCGUAUGCUAUGUAUGUGCUAAGAAGCUAGUUUUGUUGGCAUGUGGAAAGCAAAAGUAGCGAAGGUAAAGAGAUUAAAAUUGGAUUUAGUGCGUAUUUUUGAAAACAUUUUACCACCAAAUAUGGUAGUCCCCCCCCCCUCCCCAGUCGAUGACACUUGUGACGUCAGGUACAUACGGGACUUUGGGGGCGGGUUUUGCCGUUUUGGCGGGAAAAUCUGUAAUGUUUGGAGAAGACAAGAUGGCGCUGGUUACCUCGUGUCAUAUCAAAGGGCAUUUUUGUUCACAAAUACCCGCUUAUUUUACGUUAUAGCGACUGGUUCGUUUUGGAAAUUAUAACUCAAUGGACGGGGAAAAUGAUUCUGUAUUAAAGAGAAAAAGAUGUGCGGUUAUUGUGAUGUUAUUUGUUGUGAAAGACGGCCCGAAAUUUCGCUACUUCGCAGUACUGGUUUAUAAAACAUUUACAAGCAACAGCAAUUGA